AAGAAUCAUCCAAAAAUCAUCCAAAAAUCAUCCAAAAAUCAUCCAGAAAUCAUCCAGAAAUCAAAAUUGUCGCUCAAUUUGUCGUUUUUGACACAACGAUGCCUCUUUUUUUUUUUUUUUUUUUUUUUUUUUUUACUGGCAUCCAAAAAUCAUCCAAAAAUCAUCCAAAAAUCAAAGUUGUCGCUCAAUUUGUCGUUUUUGACACAACGAUGCCUCUUUUUUUUUUUUUUUUUUUUUUUUUUUGCUGGCAUCCAAAAAUCAUCCAAAAAUCAAAGUUGUCUCAUAAAUCCAUUUACAUUUGUCGCAAAACAGUUACACACAUGCGUGUACUAGAAAUCAUCUGCGUGCACCAUGAAAACGGUUGGCGUGUGCCAGAAAACCAUUUGGCGUGUAUUAAAAAACCAUUUGGCGUGAGGUAGAAAAAUGAUUCACGUGUGCCACAAUUCAUUUGCACGUCAACUUUUUUUAUUUGCACGUUAAAAAAAUCCUGCCACCCGCCAAGCGAACGGAAAAAACCAGUAUUGAAUAAAGUGUACACACCUAACUCUAUAUUGACUCUUUUAGGAAGAACUUUUUUGUUUUGGAACACCGCUUACACCUUCAUUGGGCAAC